AUGGAGAACGGCCGCUGCUUCGCCAACCGCUUCUCAGACUACAACCAAGGCGCGCUGCUUCCCGACCACGGUGCCGAAAGCGUGGUUCCGGUCGUGGUGGCUACUGUGGAACGGAUCCUCCGAAAGGUGUCCGAAUUCAGCGACUCGGACGAAUGCGAUGGCGGGCUAUACGACGGUCCGGCCGGCGUGGCGUACAUGCUGUACUACGUCAGCGAGUGUCCGCUCUUCUCCGAGCGGCGCGACACUUACCUGAAGGCGGCCAAGCGCAUCAUAGAUGUGGCCGUGCGCGCCGCGGACGCCGAACCAGACCGGAGCAUGCGCGCCGCCUUCCUUCUCGGCGGGGCUGGUGUGUACGCCGCGGCCGCCAUGAUCUACAAGUCUCUGGGCUUGGCCGACUUUGUCAAACCGCUGACCAAAUUUCGCAACCUGUGGGAGGUGUGCGCGCCUAUACAUUUCCUGGAGUGCGGUUCCGAUGAGCUCUUUGUGGGUCGGGCCGGGUACCUGUGUGCCACGCUGGUCCUCAGGCAGAAGCUGGGCAUUGAGAUUCUCAGUAAGGACCAAAUCAAAUCCAUCUGCCAGGCCAUCAUUGAGUCUGGAAAACAGUACGCCAGGAAGAAGAGAAAGCCUUUCCCCCUCAUGUACUCCUACUACGGAACUGAAUAUCUCGGUGCCGCCCACGGCUUGUCUUCGGUGCUGCAGAUGUUGCUGAGCUACCAGGACCUGCUGAGCGGCGCUGACAAGGACCUAGUGUGGCAGAGCAUAGACUUCCUCAUGAACCAGGAGCAGAACUGUAACUGGCCCGCUGAGCUGGGCGCCAUCAUUGAGCGCGAGAACGAACUGGUCCACUGGUGCCACGGCGCUCCAGGAGUGGCGUAUCUUUUCGCCAAGGCCUAUCUGAUUAACAAGAAGCCUCAGUACUUGGACACGUGCAUCCGCAGUGGGGAGCUGGUUUGGCAAAAAGGCCUUCUGAAGAAAGGACCUGGUAUCUGUCACGGCGUGGCAGGAAGCGCUUACGUCUUCCUGCUGCUCUAUCGUCUCACUGGCAACUCCAAAUACAUCUACAGAGCUCAGAGGUUUGCUGAGUUCCUGUUCACCGAGGAGUUCAAGACAGGCUCGCGCUCCGUCACCAGUGUGUACAGCUUGUUCGAAGGCCUGUCCGGGACCGUCUGCUUCCUGGUGGACCUGCUGCAACCGGAGCAGGCCGAAUUUCCGCUCUUCAGCGUCUUUGAGUGA